AUGGCGGGUACUUCGACGCCGCCGGGGAUGAUACCCCCACUCACUGUGGAUAAUGAUACAAAUCACAGUGGGCUACUUGCGAUCAUCACGUCAUUCACGAUUUUCCUUGUUUUAGGAUCUCUGGGGAUCAGGGUGUACUCAGCGUACUCGAGGCACGUGAGGGGAAAGGAUGACCUUUUCUUUGGUUUCAUAGUGAUUGUUGCACUAGCCCAGGCCUCUGCAACAUCCGUCGCAAUUCAUCUUGGCUGGGGACAGACAGCCAUAUUGAUAUCAAACAAAGAUGAAAUGAACAAAGCCGUCUAUGCAUCAGACAUUCUCUAUGUUGUGCUAUUGGGCUUUUCUAAAGCAUCGACAACAAUUUUCUAUCGCACAAUCACCAUGCGAAGUGCACAAUGCAUUCUUUAUGCUCUUCUUAUCGUGAUAGCCUCAUGGGAGCCUACGUCUAUAGUUUUAACAAGCGUGCGCUGCGAUAGCCGACCGUGGAAUGAUAUCGAUAGUGACUGCAGUUUAUUGUUUUCUAGAUGGCAAGUCAUCACUGCCAUCGAUGUGAUUCUUGAGGUAUCACUCAUCCUAUACCCAAUCCACGUUAUUCAAAAGCUUCAAACAAGUCUCAGCAACAAAUUGAUUGUGAUUGCGAUACUGGGUUGUCGUGUUAUUCUCAUACCACUAUCAGCUGUUCACUUAUAUUAUGUGCAUCGGCAAGUUGAGUCAUCGGACCCAACACUCGCCGGGACUGCAACCACUGUUGUGGCCGAGAUUCAUGUUGCACUGAGCGUACUCGUUCUCAUCGCACCUGUAAUGAAGCCUUUCAUAGCAGCUUACGUUGACAACGACGGAUUAGCAUACACAGACGAUGUUUCAAAGUCAAGAAGUCCUCAUCAUUCCCGUAGCUGGACGCUCAAAGGCGCAUUCUCGUCGAGGAGCCGUGAUCCCUAUCUAUGGACCCAGGAUGAGAGUCUACCUAGGGUACCUGCAUCAAAUAAUCGAAUUCUGAAAAGUGUCCACAUUUGUGUUGAUAGAAGAACCCUGGAGCUAUCACCUCGAAACACUGUGACUGAGUCACAGCCGGCUUGA